AUGACGAACGCACGACUACAUUCAAAUGUUGAAAUAUUUGCUGUUGAAAUCUAUUCACAAUUAGAAACUCUCAAAGAUCGAUUUUUUCAAGUUCAAUCUUAUCGUAGUCUGUCCAUGACAAAUAAAAAUAUUGACGAAUAUAAAUGGGCUCUUCAUAAUCGAGGAACAUUAAUUGAAAUUAAAACAUUAAGUUCAACAUCUGUUAAUCCUAAAGUUGCUUAUAAAUUUGCAAGUGGUCAAAAAACGAAUAAUACUUAUCGUCAUAGAGUAAUCUGUGAAUUUCAUUUUGAUCAUCGAUGCAGCACAGCUAUUGAUCUUCGACGUAAUCCUGAUAAAUAUUUACUCUGCUUAUCUGCUUAUGAAAAUGAAGCUAAAAUACUCGUUCUACCAGGUACACUAUUCGAAGUACGUGAUGUUCAUCAAGCAAAAGAUACUGGUCGAUAUACGAUUAUUUUACAAAAUAUACAUGUACCACUAAAUAUCAUAAUGGAAGCAUUCAAAGAAGUGCAAGUAUGA